AUGUCAAAUCGAAACCUCGCCAACGUAAUAGUCGACUCCCUCUCCAACGCCGGCGUCAGGAUCGUCUUCGGCAUCCCCGGCGCCAAAGUAGACGGGAUAUUCGACGUAUUGAGCGACCACCCCAGCAUCAAGCUCAUAGUCUGCCGCCAUGAGCAAAACGCCGCUUUCAUGGCUGCCGCAGUCGGCCGAUUAACUGGGUUGCCAGGUGUAUGCCUGGUGACAUCUGGUCCGGGGACAAGCAACCUCGUCACUGGCCUUGCGACAGCGACGACUGAGGGGGAUCCCGUACUCACAAUCGCUGGUACAGUCUCGAGGCUACAAGCGGCGCGACAUACGCACCAAUCCCUUGACGUGAACAAGGUUCUCGAAGGGGUAUGCAAAUCCGUUAUCCAGGUCGGAGUCGAAGAUCAGGUUAGCGAAGUCAUCGCCAACGCCUUUCGUGAUGCGCGCAGAUUCCCACAGGGCGCAACAGCCGUGGCUCUGCCAAUGGAUAUUAUCAAAAGUACCUCAAUCGGUGUGCCGCCGUUUCCGAGUCUCAGCUUCGAGUCCCCAGCUUAUGGAGCAAGUAAUCCGAAAUUGGGCAAGAUUGCUGUCGACAAGCUUAUGGCUGCGAAAUAUCCUGUUAUAUUGCUGGGUAUGAGGUCUGCAGAUCCGAGCAUUGUGGCUUCAGUUCGUCGGAUGAUCAGAGAUCACACAUUGCCUGUUGUGGAGACCUUCCAAGCUGCAGGUGCAAUUAGUGAGGAUCUUUUGCAUAGGUAUUAUGGUCGUGUGGGAUUGUUCAGAAAUCAGCCUGGAGAUAAGGUGCUAGCUAGAGCCGAUCUGAUCAUUGCGGUGGGCUAUGAUCCGUACGAAUACGACGCAGAGACUUGGAAUGUGAAUAAUCCCACUACCGUUCGUAACAUCAUCCACAUUGAUUACACAGACGCCCAAGUAUCGCAGCAUUAUAUGCCACAAAUCGAACUCCUGGGAAACCCAGCAGAUAUACUCGAUGAACUGACCUCCAGCCUACAAGCCUUCAAGCCAACCUUCUGGUCUGGUGUAGAAGAUACCCUAGAAAACAUCCGACAAGAAAUCGACAAAUGGCAAUCAGCCGCAACAGAAAACACCUUAUCACAAGGUCUACUAGAUGAACCCGUACAACCAACCCAUUUCGUCUACCAACUCCGCCACAUGCUCCCCAAAGAAACCGUCGUUUCGGUCGAUGUUGGUACUGUUUAUAUCUACAUGAUGCUGUACUUUCAGAUCUACUCACCACGCCACCUUCUCUGCUCCAACGGGCAACAAACUCUGGGAGUCGGCUUACCAUGGGCAAUAGCAGCAAGUCUAAUCCAAGAGCCCCCCUGUUCCCGCAAGGUAGUCAGCGUAAGCGGCGACGGUGGCUUCAUGUUCAGUUCUCAAGAACUCGCAACCGCAGUGCUGCAGAAAUGCAACAUUACGCAUUUCAUCUGGAACGAUUCGGGGUACAAUAUGGUUGAAUUUCAGGAAGAGGCCAAGUAUGGUCGUAGCUCGGGUAUUAAAUUGGGUGGUAUUGAUUUUGUCAAGUUUGCGGAGGCGUUUGAGGGUGCAAAAGGUUUCAGGGUUAAUACGAUGAGAGAGUUGAAGGAUGUUAUGAGGGAGGCGUUGGCAUUUGAGGGGGUGGCGGUUGUGGAUGUGAGGAUUGAUUAUAGUAGGAGUCGAGAGUUGAUGAGGAAUAUUAUUCCGAAGGAUUAUCGAUAA